AUGUAUAAACCCAGCAUUUAUUUGUUGUUAACAUUAAGCAUUUUUCUGCUUUCUUGUUCGACAUCAUUUGCCGACAAAAAGGCAAAGAAAUAUUCUCGCGAAGCAAAUGACCCGCAUUUUAAUCAAGUGAAAGCUGAAACCUAUGAUCCCGACUUUAGAACAUUGCAGAGACCAUUUCGAAUGGCCAAAUUGAAUUUGGUAUGGGCCAAGGCACAAAAUCGGUUGACAGAGCCCAAAUUGAAGUCCCUAUAUAUGGAACUGAAAAUACAAGACAAAGAAGAAAUUGCCUGGAAGCAAUUAAAUUCACAGCAUAAAGAUAAAGAUGGCCUCAAAGCCGAUGAGUUGCGUCGAAAAUUGAUAGGCAUAAUGAGUACAUAUGAUUUGUUGGAACACUUCGAUGAAACGGAAGAUAAGGAAAAAACUAAACCCUACAAAAAAUUUCAUGAUCCCGAAGAUCGUCACAUAAACAAAUCUCUUUUUAAAGAUAAGAAACUAAACAAGCUGUGGGAAAAGGCUGAAGUGUCGGGUUUCACUGCCGAAGAGUUGAAUUCAUUGAAACAAGAAUUCGAACAUCAUCAAGAUAAAGUCGAUGUCUAUUAUAGUCUAUUGGAUAAUCUGGGAAGUACAGUUGAUGUUAAUAAACAUGAAAAUGCCGUCAAUGAAGAUGAAUUGGAUAUCUUCAAUACAAUUUCAAAUGAUCCCAAUGACAAUGAAAUACAAACACCGGAAAUGAUACGCGGUAAAUAUGAAAGCAGUAUUAAUGAAGUAAGAGAUCAUCAUCGUGCCAUCAAAGAUCAUUAUGAACGUUUGGAACGUUUGGUAUCAUCGGGACCACACAGUCAAGAUUUCAUUGAACCUAAGGUUCAGGGUCUUUGGAGAGUAGCACAAAGUAGUAAUUUUACCGACAAAGAAUUAGCCUCGAUUAAGACUGAGUUACAUCAUUUUGAGUCGAGACUGCUAAAGUUACGCCAUUUACAUGCUGAGCAUGCUCUACAGAAAGAAAAAUAUAAGAAUGAAAAACACAAGGAUAAAUCAAAUCGUUUCGAAGACAUGGAGGAAACGCUUAAAAAGCAAACCCGUAAAGUUGAAAAGAUUCAAGAAACGAUUGAGAAAACUAUUUUCAGACAUACUGAAUUAUAAUUCGCUCUC